CCGUACGAUAGAUGGCGGUAGAGAUCCAGUAAAGUAAUUACAACCCCUAAAGAAGUAGUAGGGGUCAAAGUGGAACGAUUUAUGCAUGUGACAUUGAAAACGAGAAGGGGAAAAUGCGAUUAACAGCCAUACUGUCGAUGGCUGCUAAGGCUGCCUUCCCUAAAGACUACCGCUACGGCACCAGUCGGCCAUGGACCAUAGCUGCCAAGAGACUGAACCCACCAGGCAAGAAGAGAAGAAAGGUGUUCAUUGAGCCCAUAGCUUAUGAGGACUGGUCUGUUUUCAAAGGGGACACAGUUGAGAUUCUCUCUGGGAAAGACAAAGGAAAGCAGGGCAAAGUGGCCCAGGUCUUCAGACACAGAAACUGGGUCAUCCUGGACGGGCUGAACACGCAUUUCAGGUACAUUGGGAAAACUUCAGAUUACCGGGGGACUUAUAUUGCCAGCGAGGCUCCCCUUCUAAUUCGAGACAUCUCACUUGUUGACCCUACUGACAGGAAACCCACCGAGGUGGAGUGGAGGUUCACAGAGGAGGGGGAGAAGGUGCGUGUCUCCCUCAGGACGGGCCGCAUUGUCCCCAAACCAGUGUUCCAGCGCAGAGACGGCAUCGUACCGCAGCAGUGGAAGGACGGCCCCAAGGACACCAGUCCGGAGGACACCCUGGAGAAGACUUACACGCCCUCCCUCAAGACUCUGGAGGAGGAGGUGAUGGACAAACUGGGCAUCGAGGAACCCAGGAGGAACCGGAAGACCUACUGGUACUGAGGGGGAAGACCCUCUGGUGUCGGUGCCACACAGCCACGGGUUAGGUUGGGGCGUUGCAUCCACGGUAUCCCUACUGAAUGCUCUUUAUGGACCUACAGUAGGCCUAUAUCUGUGUAUUAAAGAAAUGUUCCACAUCGCUCAGUCCAGAUGGAUAUCAGUGGAAAUGGGUUGAGUGAGUACAGUAACGUGAUGGAAACCUUCAUGUGCACAUAGAAAUGUAACUGUAUUACAUGGCCUCUGUCAGGCAUAAAUUCAGCAGAAGUCAUUAUUUAUGAUGCUUUCAGAGUUUGUCUCAAAUGUUUUGGUUUGUUUUUAUCAUAAAUAAAUGUCUAAGGAAUCUACAA